AUGUCCACUGCACAGGUUAAGAGUGUCCAAACCUUUGGUAAGAAGAAGUCAGCCACCGCUGUCGCCCAUGUCAAGGAAGGUAAGGGUUUGAUCAAGGUUAACGGUGCCCCAAUCACCCUUGUUGAGCCAGAAAUCUUGAGAUUCAAGGUUUACGAGCCAUUGAUCUUGGUUGGUUUGGACAAGUUCGCCAACGUUGACAUCAGAGUCCGUGUCACCGGUGGUGGUCACACCUCCCAAGUCUACGCCAUCAGACAAGCCAUUGCUAAGGGUUUGAUUGCCUACCACCAAAAGUUCGUCGAUGAACAAUCCAAGAACGAGUUGAAGAAGGCCUUCGUCUCCUACGACAGAACUUUGUUGAUUGCUGACUCUAGACAACCAGAGCCAAAGAAGUUUGGUGGUCGUGGUGCCAGAGCCAGAUUCCAAAAAUCCUACCGUUAAGGGAAUAUCCUUCUGUUCCCAUCUGGGGGAAAGGGUGGUUUCUCUAUCAAAACAACUCACAAAUUUCUCAUGUCCUUUUCACAAAUUUCGUUUGUACACUGUUUAAUAUUAGGUGGUUUACGCUUUG